CUCGACGCCCUGCUCCCGCCCCCAGCUUUGCCUCCCGCUGCCGCCGCCUCAGCCGCAGCCGCUGCCGCCGCUGCCGCUUUCCGCGGCCUGGGCCUCCCGCCGCCAGUAUGCCGCACGCCUUCAAGCCCGGGGACUUGGUGUUCGCCAAGAUGAAGGGCUACCCGCACUGGCCGGCCCGGAUCGAUGACAUCGCUGACGGUGCCGUGAAGCCCCCGCCCAACAAGUACCCCAUCUUCUUCUUUGGUACACACGAAACAGCCUUCCUGGGACCCAAGGACCUGUUCCCCUACGACAAGUGUAAAGACAAGUACGGGAAGCCCAACAAGAGGAAAGGCUUCAAUGAAGGCCUGUGGGAGAUCCAGAACAACCCCCACGCCAGCUAUAGCGCACCUCUACCGGUGAGCUCCUCCGACAGCGAGGCCGCUGAAGCGGACAGGGCAGGUGGCAGCGAGGAUGACGAGGACCGGGGGGUCAUGGCCGUCACAGCUGUGACCGCUGCAGCCACUGGUGACAGGAUGGAGAGCGACUCUGACUCUGACAAGAGCAGCGACAACAGCGGCCUCAAGCGGAAGGCUGUGGCCUUGAAGAUGUCGGUCUCAAAACGAACUCGAAAGGCCUCCAGCGACCUGGAUCAAGCCAGCAUGUCUCCAUCUGAGGAGGAGAACUCAGAAAGCUCCUCCGAGUCAGAGAAGACCAGUGACCAGGACUUCACCCCUGAGAAGAAAGCUGUUGUCCGGGCCCCACGGCGGGGCCCCCUUCCAGGACGGAAGAAAAAGAAGGCUCCCUCUGCAUCAGACUCGGACUCCAAAGCAGAAUCUGACGCAGCCAAGGCCGAGCCAGUGCCCCCAGUGAGGUCGCCUUCAUCGUCCUCCGCCUCUUCCUCCUCUUCCUCCUCGGACUCGGAAGUGUCAGUCAAGAAGCCUCCGCGGGGCCGGAAGCCAGCCGAGAAACCUCCGCCCAAGCCCCGCGGGCGGAAACCUAAGCCUGAGCGGCCGCCCACCAGCUCCAGCAGCGACAGCGACAGCGACGAGGUGGACCGCAUCAGCGAGUGGAAGCGCCGGGACGAGGAGCGGCGGCGCGAGCUGGAGGCGCGGCGGCGCCGGGAACAGGAGGAGGAGCUGCGGCGGCUGAGAGAGCAGGAGAAGGAGGAGAAGGAGCGGCGGCGCGAGCGCGAGCGUGGGGAGGCGGUGCCUGGGGGCAGCGCAGGCAGCAGCGGCGACGAGCUCAAGGACGACGACGAGCCGGUCAAGAAGCGAGGCCGCAAGGGCCGGGGUCGGGGCCCGCAGUCGUCCUCCGACUCGGAGCCCGAGGCCGAGCUGGACAGAGAGGUGAAGAAAUCAGCUAAGAAGCUGCAGCCACAGAGCACAGAGCCUGCGAGGAGACCCAGCCAGAAGGAGAAGAGGGGGCGUUCUGAGGAAAAGCCACGUGCCAGGCCUGUGAAAGUGGAGCGGACCCGGAAGCGGUCAGAAGGGUUCCCGCCAGACCGGAAGGUUGAGAAGAAGAAAGAGCCCUCCGUGGAGGAGAAGCUACAGAAGCUGCACAGCGAGAUCAAGUUCGCCCUGAAGGUUGACAAUCCGGAUGUGAAGAGGUGUCUGAAUGCCUUGGAGGAACUAGGGACCCUGCAGGUGACCUCACAGAUCCUUCAGAAGAACACGGAUGUUGUGGCCACUUUGAAAAAGAUCCGCCGCUACAAGGCUAACAAGGAGGUGAUGGAGAAGGCGGCGGAGGUCUACACCCGGCUCAAGUCUCGGGUCCUGGGACCAAAGAUCGAGGCCAUCCAGAAGGCGACCAAAACCGGUUCAGAGAAGGAGAGGGCCGAGGCGGAAAAGGCCGAGGAAGUGCUGGCUGGAGAGGAGGCCCCCACAGAGAGGGUGGAGGAUGAAGCGAGCACUGACCUCUCAGCUCCCGUGAACGGCGAGGCCGCGUCCCAGAAGGGGGAGAGCACCGAGGACAAGGAGCCAGAGCAAGUACAGAACUCGGAGGAGGGGCUGGGGGGUGGCUCCUCCGAAGACCUGUUACACAAUGACACCGUGAGGGAGGGCCCCGACCUGGAUGGGCCCGGGAAGGAGUGGCUGGACCGAGAGCGGCUGCGGAUGGACUCGGAGUCCCUGGACGAGGAGGAGAGUUGAGCCGGGCAGCCUGCGGCCAGGCCCUGCCAUCCUGAGCAGCUGCCCAGUGGCCGGCCUGGCUCCUUCCUGGUGCCCAGAGAGCAGAGAACUGUUGGGGAGACGCUGUGCUGUUCGUUUGUAUUUGUCCCCCUGGGUUUUUUUUUUUUUUUGCCUAAUU